CAAAUUCGUUUCGUUUAAACUAUGAAACCGCUUUAGCAGAGCACACCCACUCACCAGCGCCCCAGCUCCCCCCCCCCUCUCUCUCUCUCUCACACACACACACACACACACACACACACACUCACUCAGGCAUUUACAUUUGUCUUCCCACACUCUGUUGUUCACAAUUUUCCUCCUUGAAAAUUAAAGAAACCUUUGGAUCCGCCAUUACUGAGGUAAAGCUCCACCGUUCAAAGUCCGAAGCUCUGGCCGCCGCUGCUGCGUGUCUUUUCCGAAUCUCAGAAUGGAUAAAAGUGAUGUAGAGAUGGACGAAGUCAAACAGCGUAUCCAAGUUACAGUGAAUAAUGAACUCGAGACGGAGAAUAAACUUCCUGAUGCAAAAGUUGAUUGCAGAGAAGGAGAAUUUCUUACUAAAGCUGUCAUGGAUGAUGUAAAUGCUGGUGCAAACGUGUCAGAGGACCUAAAGUUUACUGAAGGCGAGGCAAAAGAUGAUAAGAAUGAGGCUGAACAUCAAAUCAACAUAAGCAGCGAGACCAAGGACCCAAUCAAGGGUAAGAGUGAGGCUGUGGACCCAAUCGAGAGUGAGAGUGAACAUAAUAUUUUUGGUAGUGGAGUGGAAGAAGAAAAAAACUCAAUGGUGAACGGCAUAGAGGUUGCCAGUCCGGUUGAAAACAUGAUUGAGGAAGACAAAGUUAAUGGAGAUGUUGCAAAGGAGAAAAUCUCCAAUGAGAAUAGCAGAAGGGAUGGAAAUCCUGUUGAAAAUGUUGGAGUGGAAGAAAAACCAAGAGAAAAUGCUGCCACGGAGGAAACAUCUAUCAAAGUAAACCAACUUCCAACGGAACUAUCUGCCAAUGAGGCUUCUCAAAAUGAGGUCAAUUUGGUAGAUGACACGCCCAACUCCCUUGUUAAAUGUUUACCUUCAAAGGCUGUAGACCAUGGGCGGGAAAUGUUUAAGACCAUUUUUAGUCAAGCAAAGAUGGCUGAAGGUGAUGAUGGAACGCCUGAAGAUCAAAAAAUGUUCAUGAAGGCACUGGAAAAUUUCCACAGGGAGAAGGGGAUGGAUUUUAAACCACCCAAAUUUUACGGGCACCCACUAAAUUGCCUGAAGUUAUGGAGAGCCGUGAUUCAAUUGGGUGGCUAUGAUCGGGUAACUGGAUCCAAGUUGUGGCGGCAAGUGGGAGAGUCAUUUCAUCCUCCAAAGACUUGCACAACUGUUUCUUGGACAUUCCGCAUUUUCUAUGAGAAGACACUUUUGGAAUUUGAAAGGCAUAAGACACAAAGUGGUGAGCUUCAACUUCCAGUUGUUUCUCUUCCUGAAGUUUUUGACAAUGAGCUAAUUGAACAGGGUAAUGGCUAUCAAGGAUCAGGCAGGGCUCGGAGAGAUGCUGCUGCUCGUGCUAUGCAGGGAUGGCACGCCCAACGUCUUUUUGGUUCUGAUGAGGUUGAUGAACCAAUUCUAAAGGACAAGAAUCUGAGCACUACGGCAAAGCAUGAGAAAACACUCAAAGGCAUUGGCCCACUGAAACAGAAGAGACUGAAUGAAAUGGAGCUCCCGGUGAAAGCGGCACGAACUGAAACAUAUAAGCAACUGGUCACAACAGUUGUUGAUGUCGGCCCCCCAGCUGAUUGGGUGAAAAUCAACAUAUGUGAAACUAAUGAUUCUUUUGAGGUUUAUGCCCUGGUGCCUGGGCUUCUGCGUGAAGAGGUGCGAGUUCAAUCAGAUCCUGCUGGGCGAUUAGUCAUAACAGGUCAUCCUGAAGAACCUGACAAUCCCUGGGGUGUUACCCCAUUCAGAAAGGUGGUGAGCUUACCUGCAAGAAUUGAUCCAGUUCACACUACUGCUGUCGUUAGCCUGCAUGGACGUCUAUUUGUUCGUGUUCCUUUUGAGCAGUCAACAACAUAAACAUCAUAGUUCAUUAACAUUUUGCAGAAUAGUUUCUUUUUGCAGCAAUCUACUCUUUCAGCAGCUCAAGUUGCUGAUUUGUCUUGAGGUUUCUGAUUUUUAAAUAUAGCUAGCUUUGACCGUAAAGUUAUCUGAUUGCAUUGCAUUAGCAGAUUAGCUUAUAGAGGUUUUAUGGAUCAUUUCCCUGGAAGACAAAUGGAUUGUUGUUUUGACUCUCCAUCCACAUUAAACGUUCUCUUCUUUUGAA